UGGCUCAGCUGAGUGAUCAAAACAAUUCAAAUGUACAUACUUUUAUAUCAAAUCGUAGUCUGUUUGACGGAAUAAUGUUGGCUAUAAAGUUAAAAGAGGAUCCUUUAAUAGAUUGAAAGACAUAACAGAAAGGACGCGUUUAAACUUUAGAUAAAAUAGUUAUUUUUUAGUUGAAUGUUGUGCAGCCUUUUAAGAAACAAAAGAAAAUCACUCGGUCUUUGGUGGGUUUAUGAGGGCGUCUCUAACCUUAAAUUGCUUAAAAUGUCAUUUGCAAACUAAGUAUUUGACGCGAUUCUGCAGUUGAUCUCUACAUUUAUUAGCAACCGAACAUUUAGUUCUCGUCUAGAGCGUUGUGAAUUCGCAUGCAUUUCCGUAAUAAUAGUUGUACUUAAAACGUUCUUUCAAGAAGUACCUUAAGUUAGUGAAAAUGGCUCUGAAACCUGUUUCUGGGAACAUUCAGGAAGAAAUGAAUAGUAUCCCUUUGGCAGAUGGCGAUCCGCAAGACAUUAUUCAAGACGAGAGUGAAGUAGGAGACAUGUCCCAGAGUUCUGAUGCUUUCAUGCGAGGCCGAAGUAUGGAUUCUAUCCCCUCCACUUUCACCAACGGCAGUAGCAGUCCAGGGCCCAACAGUCUAGAUCCAGACGUUAGCCCUGAUGAACAGGAAGAGAAGGCUCGUCUUAUCUCGCAGGUUCUGGAACUCCAAAAUACACUGGAUGAUCUUUCUCAGAGAGUAGAUAGUGUAAAAGAAGAAAAUUUAAAACUACGAUCUGAAAAUCAAGUUCUUGGACAGUACAUUGAAAAUUUAAUGGCUGCAUCUAGUGUUUUCCAAUCUGCGGAACCAAAAGGAAGUAAGAAGUGAUUUAAACGGAGAUCACCACCAGGCAUAAUUGUGUUCUACAUACUUGGUUAAUUCUGUUCUCUCCUUAUUUGGAAAUCCAUGACGAUUGCUUAACCACAAUCCUAAUGCUAAGCCAUUUUUCCUUUUGCUUUGGUUUGCUUUGUCAGCCCCAAGAAGAGGACCCUAAAUUUUGCUUUGGAUGUUUCUUAUUCUAUUCUUCUCAUUUUGCUUGUAUUGUGGUGGUAGUUUUGGUAGAGAAGCCUUAUUGUGGACCAUUACUUUUGGAGCAGAUAGCAUUGUGCCUUCAAUAAUAACCUUGGAAAGAUAAAAAUAAGUGCAGUUUAUCUUACACUUGCAAUGUUUUUGAUUUCUUUUGGUCAUAAUAAUAAUUAUAAAAUUGAUUAAUUAAUUAAUUAAUUAAUGUGGCACAUCAAGGCAACUAAAGCUAUCUUAGUGUGCUGUUUUUUAUCCCAGCAUAUCAGAAGCAGAAUAAUGGUUGAUUGCUCCUCUGAAUCUGAAGACAAGAAGAGAACUUUUGAUUGAUUUUUAUUAUUAGUUAGCCACCAAUUGCCAUUUGGAGAUAUGAUUCUUUUCUUCCAUGACAACAGCAGAAUAGGCAUGUCUUAAAUGAACAUUAAGGUGCAAUAAUGAAAUUUAAUUUGUGGAGAGUGACAAAACAAAAAGUCUGAACAGUAAAAUCUAUCUUAGGACAUACAUUCCAUUUCCAGUGUUUUGCUUUGUGCUAGUUUAUUUGCUUCACAAGUUACAUGGAUAAAUUAUUCCCAUGAGACAACAGUCUUCCAUUUAUGUGGACUGUCACAGGACACAGCCUCAGGUGAAUGAGGGAUUAUGUGGAGGGACCCUGUGGUGUCCCGGGCCGGCACACAACGCACCUUGCUGCAUUUUUUUUCUUCUGUAAUGAUAUACUUUGUAGGUGGUGCUUUCAGACUUCUCUUUCUUAGUCCAGGGAAAAAAUUCUAGUGAAAUACUGUAGUUGAGAUACUCUGCUCUGGGUGAGGCAUUUUAAAUUGAAUGUUGGGAAGUAAAGAAGCACACCAACAAUGAAAGGAUUUGUUGUUAGCGGUUAUCUUAAACUUUACACUUGUACUUUAUUAUUUUCUUGUGAUAUAAAUAAUUUGCACUUUCCCCUUGUUCCCUUUUUAACUACCCCAAGAGGUUAUUGAAUGUUGUAUUUAUGUAUUCAUCUAUGAUUGUUGCUAAGGUAUGCACUAGAAAUUAUCUGUUAACAGUCCUUGUUUUUUAAUCUCAAGUAUUAAUUUGCUUCUUCGUAAAAUAUCUGUAUGCUUAGUUGACAAUGAUAAAAGGAAGCUUCUUAUACUGA